AUGGGUCAAUUGGAAGUGACUGUUGUUGAAGGACGCAAUUUCAAACAAAAAGACACAUUUAGUGCAAAUGACGCGUAUGUGAAAAUUUAUUUAGAUGAAAAAACCCCAAAAGAGAAGACGAAGGCAAAAUUGAAUUCAAAUAAUCCAACAUGGAAUCAAUCGUUCUUUUUUAAUCAUCUCUACGGACAAGAUACUCUUCAUCUUGAUAUUUACGACAAAGAUGCAAUUAAAGACGAAAAAAUAGGUUCAGUUCACAUUGAUUUACAUCAAUUGUAUCUGAAAGGUCAUAUUGACGAUUGGUUCGAUAUUCUAGACACGCAAGGACAAAUUCGUCUUAUACUUCAUUAUGAGAGACUUCAAAUCUAA